GCGUCACUGUGAAGGAUUCAGAAGAGGGAAGGGAAACCACCAAACGGCUAUAAUUGGCGCUCUCUCUUCUCUCUCUUUCCCCUAAAUCCCAACCCCCGGCAGACAGAAUACAGAAAGACAGAGCGAGAGCGAGAGAGAGAGAGAAGGCAACAACCCCCUCCGACAAACCGUCGCCUUGUCCCGCAUCGCGUCGUAGACUGACGAUAUCUGCAAAGACGUUUGUGGCCAGCAGGCAACUCGUGCAGCUAUGGGUAUGUCGAGACUUCCCCGUGUUCUUCGACAGAUAGAUAUGAAGAAACUCCUAUUGCUGUUUGUUGUCAUCCCAGUAGGAAUUUUCGGCCUGUACUUGCAUGGACAGAAGAUUAGAUAUUUCUUUAGACCCCUAUGGCAACCCCCUCCAAAGCCUUUUAAUGUAAUUCCGCAUUAUUAUCAUGAGAACGUGUCGAUGGAAACUCUUUGCAAACUUCAUGGAUGGGGAAUCCGUGAAUUCCCGAGGCGGGUCUAUGAUGCGAUUCUGUUCAACAAUGAGGUUGAAAUGCUGACAAUUCGGUGGAAGGAAUUGUAUCCUUACGUGACACAGUUUGUACUCCUCGAGUCAAACUCAACAUUUACUGGAAGACUCAAGAGGCUGAUUUUUAAGGAAAAUCGAGACAAGUUCAAGUUCGUUGAGCCUCGGCUGACUUAUGGUAUGAUUGGAGGAAGGUUUAAGAAAGGAGAGAAUCCAUUUGUUGAGACCGCUUAUCAGAGAGUCGCUCUAGAGCAGCUUCUGAGGCGUGUUGGCAUUGAGGAUGAUGACUUGUUGAUUAUGUCAGACUUGGACGAGAUACCUAGUGCACACACGAUCAAUCUUCUCAGGUGGUGUGAUGACAUCCCACCUAAACUUCAUUUGCAGCUGAAGAAUUAUUUGUACUCUUUUGAGUUCUUUUAUGAUAACAAAAGCUGGAGAGCAUCGGUCCACAGGUAUCAAUCUCGUAGUACGAGAUAUGCGCAUUUUAGACAGAGUGAUGACUUGUUGGCCGAUUCAGGUUGGCAUUGUAGCUUCUGCUUUCGCCGCAUAAGUGAGUUCAUAUUCAAGAUGAAAGCUUAUGGCCACAGUGACCGGGUCCGAUUUGCUCAUUAUUUAGACCCAACAAGGAUUCAGGAUAUCAUCUGCAAAGGGGCUGAUUUAUUUGACAUGUUUCCUGAAGAACACACGUUUAGAGAGAUAAUCGCGAAGUUGGGGAACAUCCCUCAUUCUUACUCAGCUGUUCAUCUUCCUGCCUAUUUGUUAAAUAAUGCAGAGGAGUACAAAUAUUUGCUGCCAGGGAACUGCAAGAGAGAGAGUGGCUGAGUAAGGUGGCUUUUAUUGGCAUGUUUGGAAGGAGAAGAUGCUUUGGCCACGAGAAAACAGCUCCCUGGGAAGACUGUCAAUUACGAUCUUGGAGAUUUAAUUCCAGCAUCUCAUGCACCUACUAAACCUUAUGCGUCAUUCUCUAGCGAGGCAUUUGAAGAACUUGCAUGUUCUUGAAACCUUGUGGAUGGAGUCAUUCUAGUUAUUUUGGGACUCGAGUUCUUUGAGUGCCGGAUUUGGGGCACAUCGUGCUUUGGGGUUUUCGAUACUGUUGUUGGAGGAGUUAGUUUGUCCUGACCCUUGUGAGAUUGCAUACCCACCUCUUGUGGGGAUUGCUCGAUCUCUCCGGUCUAUAAUAUAGGGAAGUUCAUUUUUCCCACCAUUUUCUUUGCUGGGAAUUUUGUUGUGUUAAUCUAAUCUAAAUCUAUUCAUGUAUCAUCAGAGGACCUCCAUCGAGCGGAUGCAGAUUAAUUCUUUACAUUCUUAUUGCAGAGUAGGGUGUGCCUCA